GAGUCAAAACAGAGAGGCAACCAUCCGGUGACUAUCAUGGGAGACAGGUUUUGGGGAGGGAGAACAGGAAGCUUGGGCUCUGGAAGGCACUAAUAAAACAUAUCUGGUUGCAGGCACCAGGUUACAUACGGUUGGUACGUGGAAUGAGCUCGGACUACCUGCAUCUGUGGCCUUUAUGAGUCCCCAGGUCCCUGAGGCUCCACUGGGCUUCAUGCCAGGUUCCAUUCUCGGGAGGCAGCGAAUGAUGUUUACCUUCUACCUUCUUUCGGGAGCUUUGAGCUUGGGCUCCCAAAGGCUCAACAAGCCCUUUGGCCUCAGGGCCUUAUGGCUCCUCACAGCAUUGAGGGAUUGCCUGGGAGCCCCAGUCUGAAAGAAUUACACCUGGGACACCAGACCCUGCUCUAUGGAGUCUCUAGUCUCUGGGAAAACCGUGCCUUUCGGGUUCUGACGCUGACUACGUCAUCUCCGCCAUUCCUAACGAACAGCUCUCUCAGCUCAGUCCAGAAUGGCUCUUCCCCCGAGUCCCCUGGCUAUGGAAUACGUUAAUGACUUUGAUUUGAUGAAGUUUGAAAUAAAACGGGAACCCUCCGAGGGCCGACCUGGACUCCCCACAGCCUCACUGGGCUCCACACCUUACAGCUCAGUGCCCCCCUCACCCACCUUCAGUGAGCCAGGCAUGGUGGGCAGCAGCGAGGGCCCCAGGCCAGGCCUGGAGGAGCUGUAUUGGUUGGCCACCCUGCAGCAGCAGCUAGGGGCUGAUGAGGUGCUGGGGCUAAGUCCUGACGAGGCUGUGGAGCUGCUACAGAAUCAGGGCCCAGGCCCUGUAGAAGGGCCCCGUGGCUACUAUUCAGGGAGCCCAGGAGAAACAGGAGUCCAGCAUGCCCAGCUGCCGGAGAGAUUUUCGGACGCGGCGCUGGUCUCGAUGUCUGUGCGCGAGCUGAACCGGCAACUGCGGGGCUGCGGGCGCGACGAGGCUCUGCGGCUGAAGCAGAGGCGCCGCACGCUCAAGAACCGCGGCUACGCGCAGGCCUGUCGCUCCAAGCGGCUGCAGCAGCGGCGCGGGCUGGAGGCCGAGCGCGCCCGCUUGGCCGCCCAGCUGGACGCACUGCGGGCCGAAGUGGCCCGCCUGGCUCGCGAGCGCGACCUCUACAAGGCCCGCUGUGACCGGCUGACCUCCAGCGGCCCCGGGUCCGACGACCACGCACACCUCUUCCUCUGAGCCUCUAGGGCAGGGGGUGUGGCGGUUUGGAGGUGUCUGGGUAGGUGGCACUCUAGACAGGAGAGUAUGCCACUCACCAAAUCGCUACCUGUGGUCCUGAGUGUCUAUACAAAUAUCCCCAAACUUCUGACCCUCGUGGCAUGCCUGAGGUUAGAUGCUUGUCCUUUGCUGGAGAUGAGUCCCCGUCCCUUUUGCAGGCCAUGACUCCUCGUGAUUAGGGCACUGAAUUCUGCAGGGGCUAGGGCCUGUACCGAGGGUGGAGGUAUGGAGGAUGGGUGGGUGGCAUGCUCAAUAGGAGGAGAGGGAGGGGUGCAGCGCCGCCCUUCAGUCUAGUUCUUAAUUCAAGGUUUUCAACGUGUAGUGCAUUGAUGCUGCAAUUAACAGUGAAGCUGCAUUUUCACUGAAAUUUGGGACUCCCCAUUUUAGGACUACUGAAUUUUCAAGAUUUCAGUUCCUCCAAAGAGAGUAGUAGGUUAACUCAAGAUGCUUUUCCCUGCUCAACCCAGUGGCCUUUAGAGUCCAAAGCAGCAGAACAAACACUCUGGAUGGGAGCCUGGAGACCUGGGCACUAGUCUCAAAUGGUGUCACAGGCCAUGUGUCUGUCAUCUUAAUCAAAGCAAUUGCCAUUGGAUUCCAAUGACUUCAUCUAAUUUUUAUUUGGAUUGGAUGGCUUCUGACAUUGUUUUCGUUUUGGCAUCCACUACAGUGAGAAAGUCUAAACGGUCUAGACACCCAAGAGGCCCCAAGAUGACUGACUGUACCCAAAGGACAUCCUGUUCUGCCCCAGCCUCCAGGCUGUAGCCUAGGCGGUAGACACCACAGCAUGGCAUCUCCAGGAGCGCUCACUUGCGCUGGCCCUCUGUGGCUCCCUCUAGGCUGCCUUGGCCUUCAAACGGCAGAGGGUGCCCCUGCUGCUACCUCUUGCCACUCAGAGCUGAAGUGAGACCUCACAGGGUAACCAGAAGCUGAGAGAGUGUGUGAAUUAAACCUGACGUCCAGGAAAAAUUCAGAUUAUUGGUUAAACGUUCUUGCAAUUUAAAAUAGAGUUAAUACUCUACCACUG